AUGGAAUUAGGGAAAUUGCCCCAAGACGCGGUCAUCGCAAUAGGCACAAUGCCAGCCUUCUUCUCGUGCUACUUCAGGAGCCUCAUCCCAGGUCUGGGAAUGGUACUUCUGCUUUUCAUUUCCAGGGUGGAUCCGUGGCCACACAGGGGUCAUGACGUCCAGCUCCAGAUAGAGGCUGUUAAGCAGAGCAUCCUGGUGAGUUUGGGCUUGGAGAUGCCUCCAACCAUCCGGGGCCCCUUGGAUCGAGAAGAGAUUCAAAGGGCACAAUUGCAUUACCAGGAACUGCUAGCACAGCUCCAAGCAAAUCGAACGAAGCUGCCACCAUCCGCCACUCUUCAUCUUUUGAGGCCUGAAUUUGUGCACACAAAUGAGUCCACAUCUGGAAAUCUUCAGGCUGCAACCCACGUGCAUCUGGAAUUCUCCAGGACAGCAGCCCUUCAUUGGAACCUUAACAUUCUCCGAGCUAAAUUGACUCUCUUCAAAGAAUGGCUAGAUACUCCCAGCCACGCUGUGCCCAACAUAACAUGGCCAGUACGUGUGAAUCUCUACCGACUGCCCAAAAGGGAGAAAGUAACCCCCGAGCUGCUCACUUCCCAAGAGAUAUCAAGGACUUCACCAAGCCUCAGUCUGACGGGUGUUGUAGAACAAUGGGUAGGAAGCUUGGAGCCCAAGCUGAACCUGUGCCUGGAAUUUAGGUCAGACAAAGCUGCGUGGCUAGCUGCUAGCAUCACAGAAGAAGGGACAGGGAUGCCGUCCCUGAUGAUCGAGGCCGAAACUCGAAAGGCAGUAAGGAAGGCCAGGCAGCUUGAUGAGGAAGAAUGCAGGAAGGGUGAUGGGAAGUGCUGCUUGAGGUCCCUUAAGGUCUCCUUCGAAGCCAUUGGGUGGUCGGACUGGGUGGUGGCCCCGCAAAGCUACUCUAUGAAGUUCUGUGAGGGUUCCUGCCCACACAACUACAAACCAGCCAGCAUGCAUGCCCAGAUCAAGGCCAGGUUGCACAGCCUUUCUGGGGAGACUCCGGCACCGUGUUGUGUUCCCGCCGCCUAUGAGCCAAUGGUGCUUAUGCAUUAUGGCAAUGACGGGAAAGUGGCCACCCAACUCUUCGAUGACAUGAUUGUUACACGGUGUCACUGUGCAUGA